UUUCUUCCAUAUACUCUUGUCGAAUUAAAGUCAAGACGCUUCGCAGAUCUCUCCCUCUCUCUCUUUCUCCCUGUGUGUAGAGUUUCCUUAGAUUCAGCAAAUGUGUGGGGCUGGGAUCUGAAGUCAUAAUGAAGCUCGGAGUUGGUGCUGAUGAUGAAUAGAGACCUGGAAGGAUGUGAUCUUGUAGUUGCUAAGUGAGAGAGAGAGGCGCAGCCCCUUCUUCCUAAUUCGCUCAAUUACUUCUGGCGUUCGCCUUCGCAGAAGCCUAGACAGAGGAAUUUCUUCCUUUUCCGUUUCCACGGCUCCAGUAAUGCGAAGAGAAGCGGAGAGGAACUUUGAAGCUCGUAACACACUGGCUCAUGUUUUGGUUUUCCUCAUAGACUGGCCUGCCGUUUGUUUUCCUCCCUUCCUCCGCAAGUGAUAUCUUGUGGAAUUCCAUUUGGGCCGACUGGAACUCGGCGACAGGCAUGAACAUGGCCGUUUCAUCCUUCUUUCUUUUUCCCUUCGGCGAUCUCUGAUACAAGUUCUCGGAUGAGUUACACGGAUUGAAAGUCUUUCUUUCCUUUAUAGUGAAAUCUUGGAGAUCGCGUUCGCUUGUGGUUGUGGAGUGGACAGAACUUGCGUGGACCUUCAGGCUUUGAAUCCGCAGUAUUUAGUCUAAGAAAGAAAAAGCGAAUGUACAAGGGGCCCUGCUUCCGGCGCAAUUUAUUAAUGCUUUUUCCACGGGAGUCCCAUUGAUGAUGAUUUCUGCUGCCGGGAAUUGCUUGUCUACAUCCAGCAAAGAAGGGAGCGGCUCUCCAGGUGGAGAAGAGAGAUGCCUGGACUCGCAGCUGUGGCAUGCUUGUGCGGGGGGGAUGGUUCAGAUGCCCCAAGUCAACUCGAGGGUCUUCUACUUCCCGCAGGGCCAGGCGGAGCACGCGCAGGGGGACGUCGACUUCGGUGCCAACUGCUGCCGCCUCCCUCCCCUCGUUCUCUGCCGAGUGGUGGCAGUCAAGUUCAAGGCCGACCCCGACACCGACGAGGUCUACGCGAGGAUACGCCUGUUCCCCCUCAGGAAGGACGACCCCUCCGCCGACCCCGACGACGGUGGAGGAGAAGGCGGUGGCUGUUUUGGUGAUAAUGGCGGCGAGGCCUCGGAGAAACCCGCCUCGUUUGCCAAGACGCUCACACAAUCGGACGCCAACAACGGGGGUGGUUUCUCCGUCCCGCGCUACUGUGCCGAGACCAUCUUCCCCCGCUUGGACUACUCGGCCGACCCGCCCGUCCAAACGGUGCUCGCCAAGGACGUUCACGGGGAGGUCUGGAAGUUCCGGCACAUCUAUAGGGGAACACCUCGCCGGCACCUGCUGACCACCGGUUGGAGCACGUUCGUCAACCAGAAGAGGCUCGUCGCCGGCGACUCCAUUGUCUUCCUCCGCACCGCAAAUGGUGAGCUGUGCGUCGGCAUCCGACGUGCCUCAAGGGGGGAGAGCUCCUCGCAGUCCGGCUGGAAUCCGGUGGCCGGCAGCUGUGGGUACGGAGGGAUGGGAAUGGGAAUGGGGAUAGGGGCAGGAAUAGGUGGCAGAGGAGGAAGUGGAGGAGGAGGCGGGGAGGGUGGAGGAUUUUUGGUGGAGGAGAGGAAAAAGGGGAAGGGGAGGGGGAGGGUAAGCCCGGAGUCGGUGCUGGAGUCAGCGAGCCUGGCCGCUAAGGGGCUUGGGUUCGAGGUGGUGUACUACCCGAGGGCGAGCACGCCGGAAUUCUGCGUGAGGGAGUCGGCCGUGAGGUCGGCCGUGAGGGUACAAUGGACGGCGGGAAUGAGGUUUAAGAUGGCCUUCGAGACGGAGGAUUCUUCCCGGAUCAGCUGGUUCAUGGGCACCAUCUCUGGCGUCCAGGUGGCCGAUCCCAUCCGCUGGCCCAACUCUCCUUGGCGGCUGCUUCAGGUCACGUGGGAUGAGCCAGAUCUGCUGCAGAAUGUGAAAAGAGUAAGUCCAUGGUUGGUCGAAGUGGUGUCCAACAUGCCGAGCAUCCAGUUGAUGCCUUUCCCUCCGCAGAAAAAGAAGCUGCGGCUGCCGCAGCACAUGGACUUCCCCUUGGAAAGCCAUCACCCCCACAUAGCUGCAUUCUCUGGUAGCACUUUCCGGUCCUCAAGCCCGCUGCAGUGUAUCAUGGAUAACUCUCCUGCAGGCAUACAGGGAGCCAGGCAUGGUCAAAUUGGUUUUUCUCUAUCAGACCUCCAUCUGAACAAACUGCAGUCAGGGUUGUUUCCGAAUACCCGCCAGCAUCAUGGGCUCGGUGCACUGUCCACUGCCACGGUUUCCACCGAGCUCUUCAUGGCGAAUUCUGGCAUGAAGGACAACGUUUCCUGCUCACUAGCAAUCGGCGUUUCAUCCCAGAGUGCGGACAAAACCGUGGAAAGAAAGCCAGCAGAGUUUCUUCUAUUCGGGAAACCAAUACUCAGGGUCACGGACCCGACAAAAUUGGGAGUGAGUUCCGCAUAUAGUACUGGGGUAGAUUCAUCUCUGCUUAAGGAUGACUGUUCAGCUGAUGUCAAAUCAGAGAAAGUAGAAAAUUAUCCCGUGGAAUUCUUCGAUUCCGAUCAUCCGAAGCCGCUGAACCUUUCACCCUGCCAGGGGCUCUCACUGUUGAAGGAGUGUAAGAAUAAUGAGAUUAAUCUGGAAAAUGGGGAAUACAAGAAAGCGUUCGAGGACUACGCCGGUGGCCAUUGCAAGGUGUUCAUGGAGUCGGAGAAUGUAGGCAGAACUCUCGAUCUAUCGGUUAUUUGUUCCUACGAAGACUUGCACAGAAGGCUUGCCGACAUGUUUGGGAUUGAAAGACGAGAGGUACUGAGUAACGUGCUCUACCGAGACGCAAGCGGGGUUGUUAAGCACACUGGAGAAGAACCAUUCAGUGAAUUUACAAAAACAGCACGAAGACUGACUAUUUUAUCAGACUCCAGCAACUUGGGAAAGUGAAGGGCAGUUAAGUAAUGCGUCGGUUCCCGUCCUUUCGUUGCGUCUCCGAGAUGGUCUGCCUUUUGUAGCUCUUCUGUCAUUCACGGUGUUCUGUACCCUUCCUUUAUAAUUUCUUACUAAGUGGCAGAUGAAACUCAAUCAAGCUUCUUUAGUUUCUUGAUUUAGUUUCAUCUGCUGGCCUUCAUGCUCGUCGCUUUCUAUUUUUCCAGUUCAAGCCUAAAAGAAUUUAUGAAAUCAAAUAAAGAAAAGAACACCUUUGCAAUGUCCCUUGUAGACAGGCAUUUUUAGCAGUGAAAUUUUUCUUUUCCUUUUA